AAAAGGCAUCAAAGGCCAGCGAAGGCGCCAGAGAGGCUGGACAACCGAAAGAAGUUGGGGGGUCAGUCGGGGGGGGGGGGAGAUGAACGAGCCGUCUGCGCUGCUCUCGAUUCCCCGCCGGCUCCUGCGGAAAGCAAAAGUGAAAGUGCAGAGAAGCGACGGGAAGUUUGCUUCUAGCAGCGCCCAACUUGCAGACCUCGCUGCGCCCACCCACCUUAUCUGCUUUGGGGACCACCGGCGUCUCCCCCCCUCCUACAAGGAAAGCCCCCGCGAUGCUGGGGACCAGAAUCGACACUCGCAAGCAGCUUCUGGUUCAGUGACUUCGGCUCCUGGUUCUUCGCGGAGGGCUUUCCGGCAGCAGAUCACCACCCCGCCCCAGGAGCAGGAUGACGGAGUGGAUACACCUGGUGGAGCCUGUUUCCGGCACUUUGCAGGUGAACCCUGCUGCCUUGUCCUUCCUGAAGACCCUGGCUGGCCCCCUUCAGGUGGUGGCCAUCUUUGGGCCCAAGGGGACUGGAAAAUCCUUCCUCUUGGACCAGUUGGCGGGGCAAGAUGAAGGUUUCCCCCGUUCUCCAGGAAUAUGGCUGCAGUGUUUGCCUCACCCAACAAAACCGGAUGACACCCUGGUGUUGCUGGAUACGGAAAGCCUCCCUGAGCAAAUGGAACAGUGGUCCAAGAACUCUCGGGGAAGUAAAUUUGCUAGUGGGGAAGAUUGGUCUGACAUGUUGGAAAGAUUUGUGGAUGUGUUGUCUCGGCACGAACCGAUCCUGCUCAACGAGAGCUGUUGUGGCCAGGAGGAACCAUCCUCUUGGGAAAAUUACCAGAGUUUCAAUGAGCCCAUGAUAGAUCCUCCCAGAACACCCCCAGAGAGGAAAGAGACGCUCAGCAUCCCUCAACUGCCUCCCAGGGUUCUUCCGCCACCAUCCUCUCAGGCUUCUCCUAAAAUGGUUCAGCCAAAUGACAUGCAGGAACCGAUGUGUUUGAUUGAGAACAAUCUGGGUGACAAGCUGCGGGUCAACCAAGAAGCCCUCCAGCUCUUACAGAAGAUCAAUCAACCGGUGGUGGUGGUGGCUAUUGUGGGGCUGUACCGCACUGGCAAGUCUUACCUCAUGAACAAGCUGGCAGGAAAGGAUAGAGGAGGAUUUUCUCUGGGUGCCACAGUGCAAGCAAACACCAAGGGCAUCUGGAUGUGGUGCCGGCCUCACCCCCAAAAACCUGGCCACACGCUGGUGCUAUUGGACACAGAAGGACUGGGUGACGUGGAGAAGAGUAACACUGAGAACGACUCCUGGGUGUUUGCCCUCUCUGUUCUGCUUAGUAGCGCCUUUGUGUACAACAGCAUGGGCACCAUCGACCAGUUUGCUUUGGAGAAACUACACUAUGUUUCAGAACUGACUGAACGUAUUAAGGUCAAGACUUCGGCCAAGGAGAACUGUGAGGAAGACGAUGUGAUUCCUGACGACUUUGUCUGGUUCUUUCCCAUUUUCAUCUGGGCUGUGCGCGAUUUCACCCUGCAACUGGAGUUGGACGGACACCACAUCUCCGCCGAUGAGUACCUGGAGAAUGCCUUGCGGAGGAAAGCAGGUUUACCUGAAAAGCUAGACUUUGCCAAGAAGUAUAUCCGUGAAUACUUCCCCAGCCGCAAGUGCUUUGUUUUCGACCGCCCGGCCACGCGACAAGAGUUGGUGCAUCUGGAGGAUUUGCCUGAGAGGAAGCUAAACCCUGACUUCAUAGGAGAGGCACACCGGUUUCGGGACUACGUUUUUGAGACUGCUCCGGUCAAAGUGAUCCCAGGGGGUCACACAGUGACAGGGAUGAUGCUGGGGCACUUUGCCGUGACCUACGUGGACACCAUCCGCAGCGGGGCCAUCCCUUGCAUAGAGAACGCGGUGCUUGCUUUGUCCCAGAUUGAGAACGUGGCAGCUGUGAACGAUGGUGUAAAACGCUAUGAGGACAUGAUGGAACUUCGGUUGACGCUGCCAACUGAGAUAAUUGAAGAGCUCUUGCAAGUCCAUUCAGAGUGCGAGAAAGAGGCCAUCCAAGUGUUUCUGGACCGGGCUUUCAAGGAUGAGGGCCAAGAGCACCAGAAACAGCUGAAGUACCAGAUCCAAACCAAGCUUGAGGAAAUUUGCAGCCGCAAUGAGCAGGGAUCCUUGGACCGCUGCCAGGCUGUGCUGUUGGAGCUGUUUCAACAUCUGGAGAAGAAAAUCUGUGAUGGGAGCUACGCGGUACCAGGUGGCUACCAAUGUUUCCUGGAGGACCAGAGGAAAGCAGUGGAGAAGUAUCACCUGACACCUCAGAAAGGACUAAUGGCUUCAGUGGCCCUGCAAGAAUUCCUGAAAUCCAAGGAGACAGCAGCCCAAUCCAUUCUGCAAGCUGACCGAAACCUCACAGAGAGGCAGAAGCAGAUUGAAGUGGAAAAGGCCCGGGCUGCAGCCUCUCAGCGGGAAGCCGAAUUACAACGACAGUUGAAAGAACAAACCCAACGGAUGGUUGAAGAGAAUCAACGGAGUUACAAGGCGCACGAAGAACAACUCCUGAAAAGGAUGGAGGAGGACCGCAGGAGGCAGCAGCAGGAAUAUGAGAGAGUAUUGCACCACAAGCUGCAGAGAUCUUUGCUUGAUGUCGAGGAUUCCCAGAAUGUCUUUUCCUAG